AUGGACCGCCUCCGCAGACUCCUCAACCCCGAACAACCGUACGAGCCCCUCCCCUCCCCUCCCCCCGACCCCGAAGAUGCCGACUCCUCCGCCCUCCACGACUCUCACCCACCCCCACCCUCCCCCGCCUUCUCCUACAUCGACUACACCAUCUUCCUCCUCCUCGGCAUCUCCAUGCUCUGGGCCUGGAACAUGUUUCUCGCCGCAGGCCCCUACUUCCAAACCCGCUUCGCCCCCUCGCCCUGGCUGCUCAACAACUUCCAAGCGGCCGAAGUCUCCGUCUCCACCAUCACGAAUCUCGGUUCGAUGCUGCUGCUCACGCGCAUGCAGGCGGGCGCGUCGUACCCGAAACGCAUCAUCGCUUCGUUGUUCAUCAACAUGGUCACGUUCACGCUUCUCGCUGUGUCUACGGGUUUCGGCGUGGACGCGAAGGGCUAUUUCGCGUUUCUGAUGUGCAUGAUCCUCGCGACGAGUCUGGCGACGGGGCUGUGUCAGAAUGGGAUUUUUGCGUAUGUGAGUGGGUUCGGGCAGCCGAGGUAUACGCAGGGGAUUAUGACCGGGCAGGCGGUGGCGGGGGUGUUGCCUUGUGUUGCGCAGAUUGUUUCGGUGUUGUCGGUUGGGGAGGGUGGGGAGGGGCAAGAGGAUGGGGAUGGAGAGCCGGUUGUGAGGUCCUCGGCUGCGAGAGCGUACUUUUUGACGGCGACGGUGAUUGCAGUGGUUACGCUGGGGGCGUUUAUGCUUCUGCAGGCGAGACAUCGGACGCCAGAGAAGACCCAGGAUAAUACUACAUCGGACGCUGCCAGCGAUCAAGAGGACAAGAAGACCGUUCCAUUGCUUCUUCUUUUCCGAAAGCUAUUCUGGCUAGCCAGCGGCGUCUUUGUUACCUUUGCCGUCACCAUGUUCUUCCCGGUCUUUACCCAACGCAUCCUCUCCGUCCGCCCGGCCGACCAACAGGGCGCAUUGACGCAACCAGCAACUUUCAUCCCCCUCGCCUUCCUCCUCUGGAACACCGGCGACCUCCUCGGCCGCCUCCUCACAGCCGUCCCAACGCUCUCGCUCGUCCAUCGGCCCAAGAUCGUCUUCAUCCUAGCCAUCCUGCGCGUCGCAUGGGUGGGGCUCUACCACCUCUGCAACAUCCGCGGCGAAGGCGCGGUGGUGGAAAGCGACUUUUUCUACUUGGUGGUGGUGCAGCUACUGUUCGGGUUAUCAAACGGGUAUUUGGGUAGUAUCUGCAUGAUCGGGGCGGGCGAGUGGGUGGAGCCCGAGGAGAGGGAGGCUGCAGGUGGGUUUAUGGGGUUGAUGUUGGUGGCUGGGUUGGCGGUGGGGAGUCUGUUGAGUUUUGCUGUCGCUGGGUGA